AUGCUAUUUCGUGGAUCUUCAAUAAAGAUUGAUUUGAGAACUCUCAACGGUCGAUAUUUUGCAUCUACAGUUUUAACUAGAAGGCUGGCCUCGAUCACGCCGAAGGGUCCAGCUGCCGUGGCUGCUGCCCAAGCUAAUGCGACUGCUGCCAGAGAUAGUAGGAUCAAAGCUAACAAACUAACAAGUGCCAACCAAAAAACUGUCUCCAAUAAGCUCGAGAAGACACUUGCUCGUUUCUGGGAGAAGGUGCGCUGCGAGGAAUCUCUUGACGGAUUUAAGAUUCAGCUCGAUGGAAAAACUAUCAAGACUCCUUUAGGAUACGAAUUGACUAUCCCAAAGGAGAAGCAGAGUUUGGCAUUUCUAAUCACUAACGAAUGGAAGUCGCUCCCAAAUCUUCAAGUGAAGCCAUAUCUUCUUCCUUUGACUUCAUUGGCUUCUAGAGCAAUUGAUUUGGAGAAAUCAGUCGGUGACAAAGAGGCCAUAUCACGGAUUGGCUCUGCUGAUAUGGUGAAGGACCUACUUCUCAGAUACUUGGAUACUGAUACAUUGCUUGUGUUUUCACCUAUAAAAGAUUGUGACGGUGAACUCCGGGAAGAGCAACAGAAGAUGUAUUAUCCCCUGAAGAAAAGCAUGGAGCAGUUUUUCGCUCAGUAUAGUGAAGACGGAAAGCCAAUUACAUUGAAGCACUUGGAUACAGAGGAAUCUGGAAUUGUUAGUAACAAGCAAACAAAAUCUACGGCCAACGCUGUUCGCAAAUUUUUAGACUCUUUGGACAGCUGGCAGCUUGUGGCACUUGAGAGGACCACAUUGAUCUGUAAGUCGUUUCUUUGCGGUGUGGCUAUCGUUAGAAUGAAUGACAUGAAUGAUAACUUCAGCUAUACGCUUGAAGAUCUCGUCAGGGCAGCAACUUUGGAAACUUUGUUGCAAACGAAGAGAUGGGGCGAGGUUGAGGAUACCCAUGAUGUUGAGAAAGUAGAUAUUCGUAGGCAUUUGGCAGCUGCUUCGUUGCUUUGCUUCAACAAGCCAUAG